AUGGGUCUCAUGGACAAGCUACAAGCCAAACUCGAGCUCUACCGCCUCGAACAACGCUACGCCCGCCGCAAGCACCGCAGCACCUUUUCCACGGGCGCGCAAUACGUCGACGGCGAAUAUGUCUACUCAACCGGUGCGAACUCGCCUACCAGUACCGUCUCCAAACACUCUACCGGUAGCUGGCGGCCCACGGGGUGGGGGAGUAGCAGUAGCCAAGCUUCACGGUGA